AUGGCCCAAUCCAGUCAUCGCGAUGACUUCUUUCAGACCACAGCGUCUCUCGAUGAGCAAAAACGCAAGACUGCCAAAUCGCAAAAUAACAAUGGAAACCCAAUUCGCCUCCAGAGCAAGAUCCUGGCCGUCGUAGCCGAUCCGCUCAACACACAAGCCGUCUUCGUGGCCCAGAGUGGUGGAACGGUGCGCAAGGUCAAUCUUGAAACCGGAGACACCGCCGCCAUCUACAAGGGCCCUACGGCACCGAUUACGAGCUUAUGCUUCUCGCCUAAUAACCGGUUAUUGUUCGCCGGGUGCUGGGAUAAAACCGUUUGGAGCUGGGAUGUGGCUACAAAAGAGCCCAAGCUGCGAUAUGAAGGCCAUACUGACUUUGUACGCUCCGUCAUCAGCACGCGGCUACGUGGACAAGAUGUGUUGGUCUCCGGCGGUGCCGAUGCGCAGAUCCUAGUUUUUGACAUUGCCACGGGGCAAAGACUGGCUGUGAUCAAAGGCCACGCCAAGGGCAUUCAAGAUCUGGCCCUUGAUCCCAUCUCGCUGGAUCUAGACAGCCCAGAGCUGAUUGUGUUCAGUGCGGGGAGCGACCGGGAGAUCCGUCAAUUUGACAUCUCUACUGGUAGCCAGGAUCAGACUGGCACCUCCGCCAUUCUGGCCCACGAGACCAACGUCCACAAGCUGUUCUUUGACCAAGACGCCGAUUUGUGGACUGCUUCCGCCGAUAAGACGACGAAGUGCUUGAGUCGAGACGAUGGCUGGAAGCCUAAUACGACGCUGGAUCACCCUGACUACGUGCGUGAUGUGGCGGUCUACGAACAAGGAGGUUGGGUAAUCACAGCAUGCCGUGAUGAAGAGGUCCGAGUAUGGAAUCGAUCGACCGGUCAGCUUUACCAUACAUUUUCUGGGCAUUACGAAGAGGUAACUGGGCUAGCCAUAGUGGGUACCACAGUUGUUAGUGUCGGGAUUGACGCUACCAUCCGACAAUGGUCACUGAAGCCCGAUGAGCUGCAGACAGCAGUAGCCAUGGCACGCAAGACCUCGACCGAGGAUGAGGAGCAGCCCACCCAAUCCGGCUCGAUGCUUACCGAAGAGGAGGAGCGGGAGCUGGCAGAGCUUAUGGGCGAGGACUGAGGAAUAGAAAAUGACCGUCACGACUACACAAUGCAGCGAUACGAUUUAAAUAGC